GCCGUGGUGCCGAGUCUGUGUGAGCAGGUCUGCGUCAACACUGAGGGCGGCUUCGAGUGCCGCUGCUUCUCCGGCUACAGGAUGGUGAAGGAACGCUGCCAGCCCAUUUCCAGCUGCUACGAAGCCACCUGUGAGCAACGCUGCGAGGACGUGCGCUGCGGCUGCUACCCUGGCUAUGCCAUCGACCCGCAGGAGCCCACCCGUUGCCUGCUGCACUGCAACCACAGCCAGUGCCCGGCCAAGUGCGACCAGUACGGAGAGUCCUGCGAGUGCCCGGAGGGCUUCUUGCUGCACAGGGAUGGGGACAGCGGGCCGGUCUGCAUGGACAUCGACGAGUGCGACAUGAACUACUGCCAUCACAACUGCACCAACCACCCUGGUGGCUACGAGUGCCACUGUCAUGACGGCUACCGACUCCUCGACCAGAACCAGUGCAUCAGCAUCUCGGUGGAGGAUGGGGAAGGGGCGUACUCGGGGGAUUUUGGGCCUGGAACCCAGGUGCCUGUCCCUAGCCGGACCCCACCGAAGGCCAAGUGCCUCCAUCCUGGUGUGCUAGUGGGCAUCGCCGUGGGGACACUCUUGGUGGCACUGGUCCCACUGGCCCUGGGCUACCACCUGGCAAGGAAGCGCUGCAGGUCCCCGGCCACCAUGGAUUACAAGUGCAGUGGCCCCCACGAAAAAGAGAUGGGACUCCAGCCAAUCGCCUCGGGAUGCGCAGCCUCCGGCCAGAAACUGUAG